AUUUGUUAUUAAUUAGCUGUUUUCUUGGUGGCAAACAUUUUUCCGCUAGGAAUCAACCACUUCUCUUCAAAACGAAUAUCAAUUCAUUUAUUAUUAUUCAAUAACAAAAUAUGCAUUUUUCGUGACCUUGAUAAUAAAAACUGCAUCGUUGAGUCGCCAUAAUAUACAUUUUUGUUGACAAUGUUAUUGUUGCCAGACUAGUUAAAUUUUUGAAUACCAAAACCUCUUUUGUUAUUAAAUACGUAUAAGUUUCAGAAUAUUGGUCAUAGAUAUUGAAGAUUAUUUAAUUAAUUUUUACAAAACUUGUUAACAAAGUUUAAAUAUAAUGAAAAGUAACAUAAAUUUAAGCCGCAAUUGCAGAAUAACUGUACCGUUAAAGCAGUAAUUGUUUUUUAACAGCCCGGCAACCCUAGCUGUUGCACAUUUGGAAAUUGUAAAUAAAAAUUCACAUUGGAAGUUUAAAUAUAAAUAAUAUUACAUUGAAGUGACUAACAAUUAUGAGUAUAAUUAAUUUUGAAAUUGAAGAAAUACGUAAGCUGUGCGAAAAUACCGUACCAAAUUCUAAAAUUAUAGCUUGUAUUUGUGGAGAAUCACCGCUUGUGCGCGUAGACAUAAUCGAAAAUGAGUCGUAUCGCCAACUCACAGUUUGCUUGCGUUUUCCAGCCAAUUAUCCAGAUGAGUCAAUCCUUGUUGAAUUGAAAAGUCGAACGUUGUCCAAUAAGUUUUUAGACGGCCUUGCAACACUUAGUGAGAAACAUGCGCGCCAACAUUUGGGAAAACCGCAAGGGCUACAUGUACUAAGAUUUGUGCAACAAUAUCUGACCGAAAAUCCACUUUGCGUUUGCUUUGACGAGAUACAAGAUCUACGACGCGAUCUUGGCACGGACGCCACACCAGAUCAAUUGAAAUUAAAACAACGUCAUUCGAUUGUGCAAUUAACAGCAAAAGGUGGCGAAUACUACUACAAAGUGAGUGCAUUUUUACCAAAGGAUUACCCGAAAGAGUGUGUGCAACUACAAAAUCAGGAAACCAAUUUACCAGCAAUUUUGCUUCGUUACUUGAACGGGCAAUCACGUGAAAUAGCUAGACAAUGUGUCGAACCGCCACUUCGUUUGAAUAAGAAGGAACAAUUGGCUUUUCAACCAGUACCUAGCUUAUAUCGUGCUCUCAAAUUUUGUCUGGCCGCUACAUCGGACUUUCAUAUAGAGUUAUGUCCAAUUUGUGAGAAAGAGGUGUUACCAAAGAAACCAACUCAGUUGGAAUUAGAUGAUACCAAGGACGCCUAUGUAGAACGUGUAUACUGUGGCCAUCUUUUUCAUCAGGCUUGCCUCAAACAUUACCUACAACUACCACCUUUUCCUAAGGGUGGUAAAUUAUGCCCAGCUAAGCGACGACAUCCGCGUUCCGAUGCAAAGUACUAUAUGGGUGGUGCCAGUAGUAAUGGAAAGCAACCGAUUGUAAAUGCAGAUAACGGUGGAACAUGCGGAAUUCGGUUGGCACACGAUCGUUGGGUUGUUAAUGUAAAAUUAGCCGAAUCACGUUGGGCGCAAAAGCAAGCGCGGGAACGAGAACUGCAGGAAGUAGUCGAUUUUCUGAAGUGAACUGAACUCGUGCCUUACGCAAGUGCAUACUCAAAUAAUAGUAAUUUUAUAUAUGGUUUAUUAGUUGUAAACAGGUUUUGAAACAUUUGAAUUAAAAAUAGAAUAUAUUAAACAAUAAACUAAUAUGUUAUAAUAUA